AUGUCUGGUUCUUACUACGGACUGCUGGGAAAGGCCGCCCCUCGGGCGCGUCUCCGUUCUGGCAUCACCCGUUCAACCCGGAUUCGAGCCCAACACCAGAUCCGAAGGGGCCUGUUGACGGAGAGCUAUGCCCGGGGCCCAUCACACCCUCCCUUGAUCGAAUCGACAGUUGGGGAACACUUUGCCAAGAUCGUUGCGCAGUGCGGAGACCGGACAGCCGUUAUCUCGAAACACCAGAAUGAUAGAGUUACCUAUGCUGCGCUCGACUUUAGAAGUAAUGCCCUCGCCCGGGGUCUGGAGUCGGUUGGUGUUCGCAAAGGAGAACGGGUUGGGGUUAUGUUGGGGAAUUCGAUGGAGUUUGCCGUGGCUACGUACGCAUUGUUCAAACUCGGGGCUAUCCUGGUCCCGAUCAACCCAUCCUUCAAUGCUGCCCAGGUAGUCUCGGCACUCGGCCACCUAGAAGCCAGCCAUCUGAUCAUCAGCGCCGAGGCCAAUCUACCCCGAAAAGAUCCACGCAGCAACCUCCCGCUGCUCAAGAACUUGGUCGAGGAUCUGUCCCAGCCAAAGCUGCAAUCGGCCGUGGUUCCUUCGUUGAAGAACAUUAUCACGGUGGACAAUUCCGCGGGCCGUGUAGACCUCUCGUCAUAUAAGAGCCUCACGCCGUUCUCCUCGGUCAUAUCUCAACUAACGGCAGACGGACAGUCACUGCCACCACAGGACCUCUCACCGCAUGACAUCGUCAACAUCCAAUUCACCUCCGGAACAACUGCCAUGCCCAAGGCUGCAUGCCUCAGCCACCGGUCAAUCCUGAACAACGGCGCCCAGAUCGGCGAUCGAAUGCUCCUCACUCCGAACGACAUCGUCUGCUGCCCGCCACCGCUAUUUCAUUGCUUCGGCUGCAUUCUAGGAUACAUGGCGACAGCCACGCACGGCUCCGCGAUCGUCUUCCCGACGGAGUCGUUCAAUGCCCGCGCUGCACUGAAAGCAGUCCAGGAAGAACAAUGCACGGCGCUGUACGGUGUGCCGACCAUGUUCCUCGAAGAACUUGGUCUGAUCGAGGAGGGCAAGGUCGCUAGCGAGGGCUUCCAGCAUCUACGUACGGGGAUUGCCGCGGGCAGCAGUAUCCCCGCGGAGCUGAUGAAGAAGUUGCACCGUGUGCUCAAUCUCACCGAGCUGACGAUCUGCUAUGGCAUGACGGAGACCAGCCCCGUUUCAGCGAUGACCACGACCGAUGAUCCGAUUGAUAAGCGGAUUAACUCAGUGGGUAGACUCAUGCCCCAUGUUGAGGCUAAGAUCGUUAGCCCGACAGACAAGAGCCAGAUCCUUCCCAUUGAGACACGGGGUGAGUUGGCCGUUAGCGGAUAUCUGCUGAUGAAGGAGUACUGGGGCGACUCCGCAAAGACGGUGGAGGUGAUGAUCCCAGAUGAGACAGGGAAGGUCUGGAUGCAUACCGGUGACGAAGCUUCCAUGUCCCCGGACGGCUACAUCAGCAUCACCGGCCGGAUCAAAGACCUGAUUAUCCGCGGCGGCGAGAACAUUCACCCGCUCGAGAUCGAGAACUGCCUGCUCGCCCACGAAGGGAUCUCUGAUGUGUCUAUUGUCGGGGUUCCUGAUGAGCGAUACGGCGAGGUCGUCGCCGCUUUUGUGAUCGCGCGGGACCAUGGCUCGAAUGCCAUCCGCUCGGAGGAGAUCCAGCAAUGGGUGCGCGAGAAGUUGAGUAGCCAUCUUGUUCCCAAGUAUGUCUUCUUCCUGGGACCGUCGGAGCCCUUCCCCAAGACGGCGAGUGGGAAGAUCCAGAAGUUCAAGCUGAGGGAGAUGGCCGUCAAGCGGUUGAUGGAGCAAUGA